AUGGACUCGUCUUCGUCGGCCAGCGCAAGCGGCCCGUCGCCAACAACCAUCAUCAUCAUCGCCUCUGUUGCUGGUGCAUCGAUCCUGCUCUUUGGCUCGCUGCUCAUCUUCUGUCUGUGCUGCCGCGUUCGUCCCGAUACUGGCACCCAUUCUGCUCCCAACUCCCGCACCAAUCUCAUGAUUACCCCGCGCUCGACACUGUCGCUGGUCAGUAAAUCCAGCAGCCAGGAGGGAACGCCUUCCCAGCGGCCGAAAUCGCUGGCCCUGCACCAUCCGUCCCCAGCCGUCGGCUUUACAUCCCCAGCAGUCAGCCACUCGUCCCCGGCAAUCAGCUUCUCAACCCCGGCAGUCAAUCACUCAUCCCCGGCAGUCAGCUUCUCGACCCCGGCGCCGCCAAGCUUGUCUCACUCAAAGUCUCAGCAUAGUCUGAGAAUCGACACAAGCAUCAUCAGAAAGCCUCCCCCGCGAGAUCAAUACGACCACCACCCGGCCUUCUGGCAGUAGCCGGCCGUCGAUAGCGAUCGCCCACAACCCAGGCACUGGCUAUGAGGGGGGGGGGCGACUCGACCAGAGUUCUUGGACUGGCGGGCAUACCCUUUCCCACCCCGGAGCCUCGAUGCGCUCCUCACACCCCGUCAUCAUCUCUGGAUCCCACCCUCCGAUGUUUUUCUUCUUCGUCAUCUCGACGAUUUGUCUGCCUCCCGCUCCCCUCUUUGCCGACAUCCCGCCGCCUCAGCUUGAUGGUUCUUGGUCAGGCAGAUUCCCAUGUCGCUGUUGGCUCGUGCCUCCCCAUCCUGUCCGCAUGUGCACCAUUCCACCGCAACUACAACUGCAC